GAUGUAUUAUUGAAUUUGUGGAUGCACUUCAUUGAUUGAAAAGCAAAAACAAAAGGAGGAAAUAACUAGAGCCACAGCCACUUAUGAGAUGCUUCUGCAAUCUUCUUCCUUGUUGUCCUUGAAAUGGAGUACAAACCCUUCAAUCUGCACUUUCCAUAUCCCUUGUCAUCACUCCAAAUUACUAACUCCUCUGAGAUUCUCUGCUCUAAAAACCAGAGCCAUUCAUGACGAAAAGGACCAGAAUUCUCAACCUCCCGUUCUCAUUCAAGAUAAAGAAAAUGAACUACUCAACCAGGAAGUUGAAGAGAGUGUAAGAGUGCUGAAAAAUGCUGCCAAAACAAGAAAGGUUCCAGCAGAGGAGAUUUUAGCUGCUUUGGCUGCGAUCGAGAGAGCAAAAAUUGAUUCCUCCAGGUUUCUUGAGACUCUUGGUGGAGCCAAGUCGCCUGGAAGAACAUGGAUGCUCAUUUUUACAGCUGAUAAAGGAUUAGGACAAGGUAGAUAUUUCCCAAUUACAGCCAUACAGAGAUUUGAUGCAGCUGCGAAGAGGAUUGAAAAUGGUGUUUACCUGGGGCCUCUUGGAUUCUUGACAUUUGAAGGACCAUUUUCAUGGAAGAAUAGGAUUCUAGCUUUCGUGUUUGAGCGGCUUCGGAUAAAAGUUGGACCAUUCAAUCCUUUUGAUAUCAGUAUUAAGGGUAAAGAGGAAAGAGAACCUAGCAAUAAGGAUAAGGAUCCAUUUUUCAUCUGGUUUUACAUUGACGAGGAAAUAGCUGUUGCUCGAGGACGGAGUGGAGGGACAGCUUUCUGGGUCCGUUGUAGACGUGUUGGCUAUUCCUGAAAGCUUCUGUAUGUAUGUAUAGUUUUGACUCCCCCAGUGCACAUGAGGUUGCAUAGAAAUACUAUACUGCUGAAUUUAUGAAGUGUAUGGUAUAUGUAAAGGAACUAGGACAGAUUAUGUCAACCCUUCCUUCACUGUUUCAGUUCUUUUACUUGUGUGUUAAUAGGUAUUACUCUUAGAUUGAAAAAUCUUUGUAAACUAGAUUACAAGAAUAUAGAAUAAGGUUCUUGUUUGCAUA